GAAGUGCCUGCAGCUCCCCGCAAGCGUGCGGGAGGGAGACAGCGUUCUUGAGGCCGGCUGGCUGCAGCUGAGGAGACAGGACUCACAGACCCUCUUUGAUUAGGAUGUGUCAGUGUUGUCAGGGCAACUGUUAACAGCGGCGUGUCAUAUUUUGUCCUUGCGCUGCCUGCCGAAUGUUGUAGCGUGCUGUAGCUGGAAGAGAGUUGCGGAGAGAAGGUGCUGCAGCAAGGAACCGGGAGCGGUGGGGCCAAGAUCUGACUGAACAGGUUAAGACAGCGACGAACAGCAUCCACAAUGUGCCUUUAAUUAGGGCUUUUCCUGAAGGAGGGGGAAGACUACAAGCGUUUUGCUGCCGACUGGAUAGUGGCAUUUGUCAGCUGUUUGCAUACUGCUUACCCAUAGGGGAUCUGUUACAAGUGCUCAAAUGAACAGAGCGCGCUGCAGCUAGCAGCUAACCGGGGGCUGCCGUUGCUUACUUUUCUUUAAUAAGCAAGAAGCAACAACAACAACAACAUGACUGUUUCAAUUUCUGCUCUCCGACAAGAGAGACUGAAGAAAAGUGCUAGGCCAAAUCCCCCGGGUUUAUUCACCAUUAACGAAGAGGAUGAGCCGCAAAAGAAUGGGAAUUCCCAAAGACCGAAAGCAGCUGAAAGUUCUAAAUUACAAGACAAGAAAGUUACUUCAGGACAAAGCAACGCUGGAACGAAGCCAGAUCAUCCAACGAUACUUAAGGUUGAUGACAGGCAACGGCUUGCUAGACAACGGAGAGAAGAACGAGAAAAGCAGCUAGCUGCAAGAGAGUCCAUCUGGUUAGAAAGAGAAGAGAGAGCUCGGCAACAUUAUGAAAAGCAUCUGGAGGAACGCAGGAAGAAGCUAGAAGAGCAGAGAUUAAAAGAAGAGAGAAGGCGAGCUGCUGUAGAGGAAAAGCGAAGGCAGAGACUAGAGGAAGAUAAGGAACGACAUGAAGCUGUUGUACGUCGCACAAUUGAAAGAAGCCAGAAGCCAAAACAAAAGCAAAACAGGUGGUCCUGGGGAGGAGCACUGCAUAGCCGCAUUAAUAACACAGAUCCAGACAGGCGAUCUGUUUCAACAAUGAACCUUUCGAAACAUGUUGAUCCAGUCAUUAACAAGCGGCUCUCCUCCUCAUCUGCAACAUUACUAAAUUCUCCAGACAGAGCUCGCCGUCUACAGCUCAGUCCGUGGGAAAGCAGCAUCGUUAGCAGGCUCCUGACGCCCACUCACUCAUUCCUGGCCAGAAGUAAAAGCACAGCUGCACUGUCUGGAGAUGCAGUUAUCCCCAUUUGUCCCCGUUCAGCAUCUUGCAGCCCCAUCAGUCCUCUGUCCUACAAGACCAUGAGAUGUAGGAAUUCAGAACGAGCAAAACUUUAUGCCUCUACCGAUGCUGUUGGACGUAGGAGAACACCACAUCUCGCGGGGACUGACAAAAAAGAAAGAGAGAGAGACCAUUUCUCAUCCUGCUUCUCAGCCAGUUUUAAAGGCGGUCAUUUUUCUUCCAACCCCAAAGCUAGAUCACCAGCUCCCUCUCCAGUUUGGCAUGCAUCAAAGUCUUUGCCUUUUUUGCCUGGCACACCCAAGCAGAUAACUUCCCCACCUGGUUCCUCCAAAGUUUCCUCUACUCAGGCACGUCCUCCUUCUCCUGGCAACAUCCGGCCAGUCAAAAAGGAGGUCAAACCAGAGACUGAGAAGAAAAGACCAGAAAAGGAAGCUGAAAAAGCUGGUGAGGAGAGGACAGAAGAGAGUAAAGGAACUUCAGCAAGUGCUGGAGAAUCUACAAGCGAAGAGCUCACUGUCCAAGCAGAGCUUGCUCAAGCAGCCAGCCCAUCCCAACCUCCUGCUCCACCAGUUCUUUCUCCACCACCAGUCCCCACAAAGACCUCUGCAGGCACAAUGGACCCUGAAGAAGCAACAAGGCUGUUGACUGAGAAGAGGCGCCUUGCCCGUGAGCAGCGGGAACGGGAGGAGCAGGAAAGGAGGGAGAGAGAAGAGCUUGAAAGGCAAAAGAAAGAAGAGCUGUCACAGAGGAUAGCUGAAGAAAGAGCACGGAGAGAAGAGGAAGAAGCUCGCAGACAGGAAGCAGAGAAAAAAAGAAAGGAUGCGGAGGAGGAGCGAGAAAAGGCGGAACGGCUGCGCCGGCAGGCAGAAGAGAGAGAGCAGAAGGAGAGAGAAGAGCUGGAACGCAUUCAGAAACAGAAAGAAGAGGAGGCUCGCCUACGGGAAGAGGCAGAGCGGAUUCGAUUAGAGCGUGAGAAGCAUUUCCAAAGAGAAGAGCAAGAGCGCUUGGAAAGGAAAAAGAGGCUUGAGGAGAUCAUGAAGAGAACUAGGCGUGUAGAAGCUGUAGAUAAGAAAACCAAUGACCAGCAAAAUGGACAUAUAUCAAAGGCAAAUAGCACUGGUGAAGCAGUCAUAACCAGUCCUGCAUCAACCUUGGAACCUGCAGGAGGAUCCCAGCUUCAGCUUGGAGCACAGUCCCCACACAAUGGGACACCUGUCCCCUGCUCACAUGUGAUUGCUUCACAUCAACCCCCUCUAAGUGUGGACAGCAACCUCAAUCCAGAGACAAAUGCAAAUGAAAAUGGAAUGUCUAUGCAGAAUGAUAGCUUUGAAGAGAUCAUAAACCUGCCUAUUGGUUCUAAACCAUCCCGGGUGGAUGCCAUGAACAAUGAUGGAAGCAAUAGUUCUGAGAUUCCUUUGAAUCCAAUUCUAGCCUUUGAAGACAAGGGGACUCUUUUGCCUCAGGUAGAUAGUGUUCAAACACAUCAAACAGCAGAAGUGAUCUGAUUGUUUCUUCUGAAGAACCAAAGGUGAUGUGAGCAUCUCUGCAGUCAGUGGAAUUUCUUCCAUGCUAUGAAGGAGCUUUUUUGGGUUUUUUCUCUCCAGUUUUAUAAAGAUUUCUUGAGUAUCUUUUUUUGGAAGAACUUUAGUAAAACCAGCAGAAGAAAUGAUGGGAAUAGACUUGGAUCACAUUCCUCAUAGCUUUCAUCACUAGAAAAAUCAUGCUUCACGUGCAUUACUUAAUAUGGCUUUUUCCAACAAGCUUUUUCUGUUAGUAAAUGGAUAUUUCUGCAUUCCUUAAGACACAAGACACUGGAAUCUUGAAAGCAAUGAGCUGAUUUGGGUGGUGGGACUGAUUCUUUUUUUUUUUUUUUAAGGUGGGUGUUGGUUUAAAAGGCAUAAUUGUAAAAUUGGCAAAGAAUCUUUUACACUUUGUGGUUCUAAUACUUGAAAUAUAAAAUACCUCAUUGCUCUACAAGUAGAGUUAAUGAGGCGUUUCAUUUAAACCUCUUGGUUUAAAUAUUAUUGCAGAGAACUCUAAUUAUGGGGGCAAAGUAUAGGCUUCUGUAUUAGGUUCUUGUAAAUGUAAUUCCUGCAGGGACAUUCUGUAAAUUGAGAUGUCACUAUGAUCUUCUCUUUAAAAAAAAAACAAAACACAAACCAGGGCAGGUUUGGAAAAUGUGAAGAUUUGAAAGCAUUAUUUUUUCACAGACAAGAGGAAAACCUAUUGUUCUCCUAGAUGAUGUAUUUAUGAAUUUUGUUCAGUACAGAAAUAAAUUCUUUAAAUGAAUAAAUUAGAAAAAUGUGGUAAAAUGCUACUGCAAACUUCAUUUGAUUUUGUUUUUAGUUACAUCCACGUUCACAAUACUACAAAAGAUGUGUCCGUGUAGGUGUACGCACCUACAAGGAAACUCCUUGUUCUGAGUCCUGUAAAUUGCUGCUGUUCCCAAUGAUGGAAGAUUUUGCCUUAUCAGACUAGUGAAGACUGUGUGAAACCUGAAAUAUUUGAUUUUGGGAUGAUGAAGCAGGGUUGUUGGUUGUUUGGGUUUUUUUUUUGCUUUGCUCGUUUCAGAGCAAGUGGCAAAUGGUUGUUGUUUGUGCUUUUCAUGUAGUGCGUUGAUGUUCGUAAAGCUGCUCAGUUUGGGUGAUAAAGAGGAGCAGUGGAGGUUGCUCUCUCUUUAGUUUGAUGCUGAUUUCUACUGUGUUUUUUCCAUCCCUCACUUUUGGUUACUGUUGGGCAGAACUGUAAAGACAUGCACCUUUUUGUGCUUUGAUAAACAUUGCUGUUGCAGGGAGAGCUCGCUCUAGGAAGCACCAACCGGGGCUUGAUGCAUUGCUUACUGAAGUCAGUGAGCAGAUCCUUGGGCAGUGGAAAUGGAGGUUGAUGGGGUUUAAGUUCAUGCUGCCAGAGAAUGUACUAGAGAUCUUUCACUUGCUUUUAGGGAGCACUGAGCUAGGCCUCUAGGAAGCUGUGCAGAAAGUCUGUGCUAGCUGAAGAAACCCUCUAAGACAAAAGCUGAAGAACUCUUGAAGAAAUUGCUUUCUGGUGCUGCCAAGUGUUCAUCUUAUACAGCAGAUGGGAUAAAAGCAAUGGAAAUACAAUGCAAAAGAGACUUCACCUGCCAGAAUAUAUUUGGAAGGGAAAAAACAGCCAUGCAGUCAGAAUGCUUCCAAUAGUAGCUUGUGACACGGUAAAGUGAAUUGGGUUCCUUUCUUGCUUUCUUUUAGCUUUUUGUGUACAUAGCCACAAUAUUUUGAAGUGUCCAAAACAUGUAGUAUUUUUUCCUUAAAUCUAUAUAUAGCAUGUAAGUAUCAAAUAAAACUUGUUUGAAAUAUUUA